AUAAUAGUCAGCUGAACAUCUGGGCGCAUGUGUUGGUUUGUUUAUUUGAUGCGGCGAAAAGGCAGCAGAUUUGUUUUUUGUUCUGCCAGUGGGCUGCUGCUCGAUAUGCAGGAGGAGAAGCCGGUUUGUGCAGGCCAACACUGCAUCCGGUCCCGGAUGCGUUUUUGAGCUUUGCAAUGGAAAGGAUCGGUGUGAAUCGUGUGAUCUAUGUCUUUUACGGCGAAUUAACUCUAUUCUGGUUGUUGUGAUGUAGUCAUACAGGAAAUACUGGACCUGGAGAUUACGGCUUGGCAUUGAUUGUAUUUUAUUAAGAUUUGAUCUGUUUUAUCACGCAUUUGCCUUGGCGGGAAGCAUGCAUAGAAGUAUGGAUAUGUGGAAAUCGGCCGCAGCCAGCCAGCGAUUUAUGCUGACGUGGAUGUGCUUGAUGGUGGAUUAGCACGUGUGCGGCGUGUGUGAUAGCGGCGGAUUAGUGUGAACGAGUGCGCGCGGGAGAGGCACGACACGGGCUGCUGUUGCUGCUGGAUGAGGGGGAUUUGUCGUUGUCGUCCAAGCGGGUGUCUGUCAGCGGAUGUGGGUUUAUUCUGGGAUUAUGCUUGACAGGCCAAGGUUGCGGUCGAUGUCCAUGUGAGCAGCAAUCAGCGAAGCAACAGGUGUUUCCUCCUUUAGGCCUUAAUUUGGUGAAACAACCGGCACAAUGUACAACCAUUCCAUUUUGCUAACCAAAAUGACGCGGAAGAAGGAGACGCAGCAGACCGUCGAGGGUCUACAGAGAAACCUGAAACUAAAAGAUGAAUACAUUGAAAAAUUGGAGCAUGAUAUCCGGGAGAAGAAUGAGCAGAUCACACGAUUGACCAGUCUUGUGGACAAGUACCAAAGCGUGUUCACAACCAAUCAGAGCCUCCUUUCCGGGCCGAAACGUCGCCGAAAUCCCGGCAUUAGUGCUGAGCCAGUGCGCGCUGACCGGGCACUCGAAUUCAAAAAGGAGUCCGUCAGGAAAUAUGAUAAAGGAAAAAAAUCAAAAGCCACCAUCAAGCAAGCCAUAUUGGAGAAUGAUUUUAUGAAGAACUACGAUCAUCAAGAGAUCUCGGAAAUUGUGGAUUGUAUGUAUUAUGUGGAGUAUGCUGCCGACGAAAUUAUCAUACAGGAAGGAGAGGAUGGCAAGCUUAUGUAUGUUCUGGAAGACGGUGAGGUUGAAGUCACCAAGGAUGGGAAGAAACUGUGCAAUAUGGGACCGGGGAAGGUUUUCGGUGAGCUGGCCAUAUUGUACAACUGCAAGCGGACAGCCACUAUUCGAGCUGUUGUGCCUUGCAAAGUAUGGGCCAUCGACCGACAGUCCUUCCAGAUGAUUAUGAUGCGGCAGGGAUUGAUGAAGCAACAGGAAUACGUUGCCUUCUUGAAAAGUGUUCCUUCAAUGAAAGGCUUACCGGACGAUACGUUGGCACGUAUUGCAGAUGUCAUCGAAGAGUACCAUUAUAACUGCGGGGAGUACAUUAUCCGACAAGGUGCUCGCGGUGACACUUUUUUUAUUAUCAGCCGGGGCAGGGUGAAAGUCACGAGGAAGGCCACGGAGAACGAAGAGGAGAAGUUCAUCCGGAGCCUGGAGCGGGGAGACUUCUUCGGCGAAAGAGCUCUUCGAGGGGAGGAAAUUCGAACGGCCAACAUUGUGGUCGAGUCGAAGGAUGGCGUCACCUGCCUCGUUAUGGACCGAGACAACUUCAACCAGAUGCUCUGUAGUCUAGAAGAAUUCAAUCGGCAGUAUGAAGACGAAGUGGAAACGGAGCGAUUUCGUGUGCGUGGUGAAUAUGCUCAUCUCAAAUUAUCUGACCUGCGCGUUAUUGCCACAUUGGGCAUUGGCGGCUUUGGUCGUGUGGAAUUAGUGCAGCUAAUUGAGAAUCCCGAGAAAAGCUUUGCGCUGAAAGCCAUGAAGAAAGCGCACAUCGUUGAAACCCGGCAACAGGAACAUAUUAUGUCGGAGAAAAAAAUUCUUGAAGAAUGCAACUGCAUGUUCAUUGUCAAACUGUACAGGACGUUUAAAGACAGAAAGUACUUGUACAUGCUGCUUGACCUUCUUCAAGGCGGUGAAGUGUGGACCAUACUGCGUGACAGGGGCUGCUUUGACGAGCCAAUUGCCAGGUUCUACACGGGGUGCAUUGUGGAAGCCCUGUCAUACCUGCACUCACGCGGCAUUAUCUAUCGUGAUCUGAAGCCAGAAAACAUGCUGCUGGACGCCCGCGGCUAUGUGAAACUCGUUGAUUUCGGCUUUGCCAAAAGGCUGGGAGUGGGCAAGAAGACAUGGACAUUCUGCGGUACACCGGAAUAUGUGGCACCGGAAAUUAUUCUCAAUAAGGGACAUGAUUUGUCCGCUGAUUACUGGUCCCUGGGUAUACUGAUGUAUGAGCUGCUCACCGGAAGUCCUCCGUUUACCGCUGUGGAUCCGAUGAGGACGUACAAUAUCAUCCUGCGUGGUAUCGAUGCCAUUGAAUUCCACCGAAAAAUUACCCGCGUUGCUGCUAAUUUAAUUAAGAAGUUUUGCCGUGAUAAUCCGUCAGAGCGACUGGGAUGCGGCAAGGGUGGUAUGAACGAUAUUCGCAAGCAUCAGUGGUUUACCGGUUUCAACUGGGAAGGACUGCAGAAGGGUUCACUGGAAGCGCCCAUCAUUCCCAAGAUUGGGUCAGUUACGGAUCAUUCAAAUUUCGAUGCAUAUCCUGCUGAUGACGAAGUGCCGCCGGAUGAUGUGACGGGCUGGGAUAAAGAUUUUUAAAAAAUUUCGACGUUUCUCUGUUGAAUUUUAUCAGUGACGAAACUAGUUGCAUGACCUGUGAAUGGUUGACAUUCUGAUGGCUCAAUUGUGACGAUUGUCUAUAUUUUUGGAGAGGUUUAUUGACAGAUAUAGCCGAAUGCGUCCCGUUUUGACAUGGACGUGCGGGAGUAAUUUAUUGGUGGAGCCGCGGUUGAUCGGUUUGAUUUUGUGGAUUGAUCGGGCUGCACGGAUCUUGCCUUAUCCCUAUGUUUUCCUUGACAUUGUUGUGCUUUUAUAAUGACAGUGAAGUUUGCAGAUAUUUGGCAGUUUUGCUCAAAGUUGGUCGAAAUAGUAAAUGCGCCGUUUGCGGA